AUGCAACUUAAUAAAAUGCUAAUACAAACAUAUGAUCCUGCUCAUCUUGUGUGUUUCAAUCUGACUGAUUAUGGCUAUGGAGGUAAGCAGAAUAUUGUUUGUUUGCUCAACAAUAUAUGGUGUCUACCAAAACUUAAACAUUGUGAUCUGGAUUUUAUACAUGCUCCUGAUCGUUCAUUCAUCGGACCAACAAUAAUUUCAUUAUCAAUUGAGUAUUUAUCCAUAAAAAAUAUGGAGAUCUAUCCACGAGAUGUGUAUAAUCUAUUCGAACAUACACCACGUUUACAACAUUUUCAUGCAAAUCUUUCGUUCCAUUUAUAUUUCGAACCACUACCAAAUAUAGACACAUCGAUGACAACAUUGUCAUUUUUCUGGAGACAUGGAAUUGUCAAUAAACUAUCUAACAUCAAGAUUUUUCGACUUCGAAUGUCGUUUACAAUUGGUGAUAAUAAUCGAAUGGAAAGCAAAAUUGAUGAAUUAAUAGAUAAAUUUCGAACUUCAUUUUGGCUUGAUAAACAUGAUUGGUUCGUCCGAUGUGAAUAG